UCUGCACCUCCUCAGCCGAGGAUACAAAGACGCUUGUUUCUGUUCCUCUGAGUGACCGCUGGUUUCACACCAUCACCUGUAACACAACUCAGCUGACAGCUCGUCACACUGUCCACGAUGUCGAACAUUGUUUUCUUUGACCUGGAGACCACUGGAUUAGAUCCAGGGUGUCAUAUCAUCCAGUUGUCAGCCGUCUGUGGAGAGAGAGAAUUUAACGCCUACAUCCUCCCCCGCCGCCCCAUCUCUCCAAAAGCCACAGAGCUGACAGGCCUUACCAAGAGCAGAGGCAAGCUGUAUCGCCACGGGACUCCUCUGGACACCGUCUUUCUUUAUGAUGCUCUCAAUUACUUCAUUGACUUUCUGAGCUCCUGCCGCCCUGUUCUGCUGGCUGCCCACAAUGCGGAGAGGUUUGAUGCACCCAUACUCGCCAGAGUGCUGCGAAAGUGCUCCCUCUGGGAGGACUUCCAGCAGGUGGUGUCUGGGUUUGUGGACACCUUGCCGCUAAGCAGAAACCUCUUCCCUGGUCUGCACAGUUAUUCUCUGGAGUCUCUGGCUAAGCACUUCCUGCACAGGGACUAUGAUGCCCAUGAUGCAUUGGAGGAUGCUAAAAUAUUGCAGGAGCUGUUCAACCUUUGGCGUCCCGACAACGGGAACAUCUCGAAAGUUACCUUCCCGGCCAAUGAAUUUUAAAACAGCUACAGGGGAAAAAAAAUUGUCUAUGAAAACAAAAUAUUUCAUUUAAAAAUGAACCUUUGCUUUGCUUUGUUGUUUGUUUUAUUCUCAUCAUGUACCCUUGGGUGACUGAUAUUUUAAACAUUUAGAAAAAAAAGGAAUCGACACAAUAACACAAUAACAAUUAAACUUCUGUGUGAUUGUUCAACACAACUUGGUAUUUUUUAAUUAUUUGAAUCAAGUUUCAGUAAUAAUACAGAGAGAAAUCUCUCUUCUCAGCAGAGCAGCAUGCAAUGCAGCUGCAAGGCAGUGUUUGUCAUGAUCCUGGGUUUCUGUAUAUAUUCUGUUACCCUGUAGACCCUUAUAGGGCCGACGCCACAAUGACGUCAGUUUGUUAGCUGGAGGCAAAACACAACUCUCUACCACAGGGCUGUAGGCUAUAAAGGAGUCUUAAAAUGUCGUCUUGUUGAGUUAUUGGGAGCCAGAGUAGAAGGAGUCAUGGCUCAAAACUUAAAUUUUAUCACAUACCAGACGCCACUGUCCGUCAAUAAAAACAAAGACAACUAUGGUUAAAUGUGAUAAGACGAGGGACUGUACGGAGACGAUCAUCAAAAAUGCUCACAUGUGCAGCGCACACUUCAUAUCAGGUUACGGAAAAAGUAUUUCCUGUUGUAGGGAUGAAUAAUGUUAUGCGUGUUAAGGGUUAUCAGGUCCACCUCAUGA